AUGGCACAAGCUUUAAAGCAUUGGCAUCACAUCCUCCUCUCCUUUAUCAUCCCUUAUCCCAUCGACCGCCCUCUUCCAACUUUUGCAACUCACUUGCAACCCCGGCAGACGUCCUGGUAUCAAUCAUCAAAGGCAGAGACUCCACUCCAAACAUCAAAGUCUGCACUACAAAACUACAAGGACAAUCCCCUCGAGAAAACCAUCAUGUCUUCAGCGAUGUCGGAAAAGUCGACCUCUCGAUCAAAGCGCAAUUCCCCGAAACGCAGUCUUGCGUCAGGCUCAGUAACAGGCGACGCGAAACGCCGCAAGAGCGAGCAUGUCAAGAGGUUCACGGAGAUGGCACUCGAUGACGUCGAACAGAUCUUUCAGAAGUCCAGAGACCGUCUCAACGAAGCAGAGGAACUGUACCAGGACGCUGAAAAAGCGCGCACCGAGAAGCUAGAGACCUACAUGGAUGCCACAAAGGCCAUGACAGGAGCGCACCAGGCACUGUCGAGCGCUAUGAUCCGAAAGGCGAAUGCGACGAAGGACGUCGCAAGACUGGAAAUGAUCAAAGAUGCUCGGGAGGCGAUCGAGAAACGUGAUAACCUGCAGACUCAAGCUGAGAAGCAGAAGAAAGAGCUCUUUGCGGUUGAAACCAAGCUCUUGAUGUGGGAAAACAUCGCCAAUAUGGCGGUAGAGAACCUCAAGGAGGACGAUCUGGAGCACCUGUUCCAGUUUCAGGGAUAG